UCCUUGAGCUCUCUUCUUUGGGCUGCUGCACUUGGCUUUUUAUGCUAUUGAUUGUUGCAGGAGGGAAGCUCAUGAAGAGGCUAUUGUUUCAUCAGGUGGCACUGCUAUUGCUUCUUGCCCUAAGUGAUGGUGUUAAAGGCAUUGAAGGAGAGAGCGAUGUGCAAUGCAAAUACGGUAGAGAUUUGACUUUGCUCCCGAGGCCUCACAGUGUCUCCAUCUUGGAAUUUGGGGCUGAAGGAGAUGGGAAGACACUGAAUACACUUGCAUUCCAGAAUGCCAUCUUCUAUCUUCGGUCGUUUGCCGACAAGGGCGGGGCUCAGCUCUAUGUUCCAGCAGGCAGGUGGCUCACUGGAAGCUUUAAUCUCAUCAGUCAUCUUACCCUCUUCUUGGAAAAAGAUGCUGUCAUCCUUGGAACUCAGGACUUAUCUCUGUGGCCAGUCGUUGAACCUUUACCUUCAUAUGGUAGAGGGAUUGAACUUCCAGGUGAACGGUAUCGAAGCUUGAUAAAUGGACACCAGUUAAAGGAUGUGGUUAUAACAGGUAAUAAUGGAACCAUCGAUGGUCAGGGUGCCGUUUGGUGGGAGUGGUCCAGUUCUCAUUCAUUGAACUAUAGUCGCCCUCACCUUGUGGAGCUUGAGAACUCCACCGAUAUUGUCAUUUCAAAUUUGACUCUCUUGAAUUCUCCUGCAUGGAACAUUCAUCCAGUCUAUUGCAGAAUUGCAAUUGGGUGUUCGGUUGUCAUUAUGGAUUAAAAGAUGCCACCCUGGGCUUACUCAUUCCUCUACCAUGAAUCGAAUGAAUUGCAAUUUAGUUCAUUUGAGCAUCCAAAUACACCCCGAAUAUGAAUUCUUUCCGUUUUUGUAAAAUUCAUGACUAGAAAAUGUAUGUUUCUCUGAGAAAGCUGAACAUGGUCGAAUUCAUAUUAUUUCGAUUAAUGCAGCAAUGUACAGGUUCAGAAUGUAACGAUC